AUGCAAGCAGCCAUACCCCCACAAGCGCGCUCAAAAUCUCUCCGCGCAUGUCUCCUCUGCUCCGUCAUCCAGCUCCCCGGUGAUUUCAGAAAACACGGCUGUCCAAACUGCGAAGAGAUCCUCCAGAUGAAAGGCGCUCCAGAUCGUAUCUCAUCAUGCACAACUACCCAGUUCGACGGUAUCAUCGCAGUGAUAGACCCAGAUAACAGCUGGGUGGCGCGGUGGCAGCGCACAGCCAAAUACGUUCGGGGAAUGUACGCAGUCCGCGUGUCAGGUCGUAUACCAGAGGACGUAGAAAUGGAACUCGAACGAAGAAACAUCAAGUACCGCCCACGAGACCAGAGCGACCAGGAUUGA